AAACAAAAAACUAUUCAUCCUUCGGCGUUAUGGCAGGUGGGAGAUAAAUAUAUCUAUAAGUAUUUCUGAGGUGCAUGCAGGUGUCAUAUUAAUUGCACUGAGUCUGGGCAGUUGUUUAUUUCUCCGUGAGGUAUAGGAGUUGAUUCCGGGUGCUGCUUUCGGGGCAUCAUUUUCUCUUGUUGGACGACGGUUUCUCUUGUUAAACAAAUAGGACUUCUCCGACUUAAUGAGAGAUAGUAGAUGAGAAGAUCCAAGAAGAUCUGAUCGAUCAUACAGACACUUCUUCACUCAACAAAUCGAUUUAGAAUGCCGAUAGCGAGAUUCGAUGAGAAGUACGCAGAGUGUGGUUGCCCUGGAGGAGCAGUGAAGACCGCGUGGUGAUCGUGAAGUGGUUCUGACGCAAAAAUCGACUUUUCCUCGCACUGUUGGAGAAGUGCAUGUUGGGACUCGCCAGUGCAUGAUAAAGAAUAGCUUGCAAUGUGGUGGCUAGGACAGUGAGCAAUGGAUUUCAGCUGGAUUAGUGUGUGGUUACAGCUAGCCGUGGGGGCUGUUGUGAUAUCUGGUCUGAACGCCCUCAAGUGUUUCACGUGUGAGAAUGAGAACUCUAACUAUUACUGUAUGAGUGACUACGACGUGAAGGAGUGUGAGCAAGGUUACGACACGUGUCAGACCAUUGUGAGUUAUUUAGAUUCCAGCGAGAAGCUCUCUAUCAGCAAAACGUGCUCCAAGAACACCUCAUGCUAUAUGCAAAUGAAUGCAACAGUCGAUAAAUACCCCUGCGAUACAGACUAUGGAAACUGGAUAUGUACCACGUGCUGUCACGAAGAUGGCUGCAAUAAAAGCGGCGCCUGGAGCGCAUGCGCCCGAAAAAUGGAACUUGUGCUCUCCGUGCUAGUGAUAGUCCUAUUGACAGCCUCAUACACGUCUUGAUGACGAAUCAUACACUAAUCUCAGACGUCUUUCGGCGUUGUUUACGUUUUUUCCUUCUUUUUCCUCAUACUUUCCAGUUGUUUAUUCUUAAAUUCUUUUCAAGUGUUUCCCUUCCAAGCAUUUGCGUUUUGUACAAUAUUUCCGUAAUCAUCACGAGAGGGUCAUCUAGAGCGAGUGACGUCAUUAGCUGUACACCGUCAAGAGGUGUGAUGCCUCGUGGUUUUGGGGAGUGCAAAAUCUUAGCUUGACGCUAGUACGCUUUCUCUUCGGUGUUUUGAUGGUGACGCGAAGGUGACGCGAGUCGUGAAAUGGCGGCCUGUAUCAAAUUGCUAAAUUCUUAGGCGCCACCUUUCGACGAGGCAAUCAAAUGCCAACGGCCAUCUGCUUAUGUCUCAAGACCGGCGCUUCAUUACUUUCUUAAGGAGAAUUUCAUCGAGAUGAAUUUGGAGUUGAAGAUGCUACUAAUAGACACACACUUUCAGCAGAUUCUCUCUGUCGCUACGAAAUUUAGUUGCCAUGGAAACGCAGUGGUAUAAUUGUGGAUCUGUUUCUUUUGGCGAAUAUAUUCUUCGCUGCAAGUUGAGGACGUGUUGAUAUCAUGAAGAGAAUUUUACAGGGUUCAGUCGGUUUAAUAAUGGGGUAAUUUUAGUUCAUCAAAAAUGGAGAUCGAAUAUAUUUCUUGCGUAGAGAUAACUUAAUGUGGACAGGGUCUCUCAAAGAUAAUCGUUAUGCGGUUUUUGCGAUCGAAAUAUAUGUUAUAGUUUCAAUGAAAAGGGCUGUGGCAAGGGUUGAUAAGGUUUCAUAGCAAGCAUGAAUUUAAUUGAUUUAUAGAAGCUCAUCGAAUUGAUAAGAAUACAGAUGGGAGCGACAGGGACCGCGUACGCGGGGCGCCUUAGCUAAGACAAGGCAUGGCUGCAGUCCGACCUUGGUAUCAAACGCAACGUUGACCGUAGCAACACGUAGAGAUUAUAUUAUAAGAUCAUAACCUAACUUCACGGUCUCUAAUAUUCGAUCCAUGAACAAUCAGCGAACGCUAGCGUGGGCGUAGUCAAGCUGUGGACUAAUGUACCAACACACUGAGUGUAGUUUUCCUCGGAGUCGAUUAGAUUGAAGCACUGCAAACACUGAUAAACUCCGCAUCAUUUGAUCCUCCAUCUGAUGUGAGGCUGUGCAACUAUAAUGACUUGGAUGUUUAAGUAACUUGCCAACGAUAGUUUCCCAUGCGUGAAGAAGAUAUUAUUGUCUCUCAAUGGAUUCAUCUUUAAAACUUAUCUAUUAUUGAUUACUGAACAGAGAGAAGAACCGAUGUCGUUGGUAGGCUAAUCAAACGGGCCUGGUGAGCUAAUUGACUCUGGUAUCAUCGUAGAUUAUUCAUUACAUUAUCUUUUGAAGUUGGUACGAUUAACAUUUUCUAUCACUUUGAAGACAAUCUUGAUGUAAAUAACUACAUUGAUGCACAUUUUAUUCAAGUCGUAUCUGUAAAUUUUAAAUAUGUACAUUGAAAGUUGAUGUGAUUUAGAGUACACCAGAUUGAAUUGAUCUGCAUGUAAUGUGACGGACUCCUCACCUUUGGAGCAAAGUCUUCAGCAUUAUUUCCGCUGUGUCGGAUUGUUAUUGUGUGUAAUUUUACCGGUGUUACACUGUAUAUGGAAUUUUUAUCUUUAAGCCAAGCUUGUUUACAAUAUGAUCAAUAAAACGUUGAU